GUUGUCCGACGAUUGUAACAACACACCACAUUCUCGGAGGUGUGGUCAUGCGCCCUCCUCCCGCAUCCGGGCCGUUUACCCUCAACUACACGGAUCGCAAACAGGAAGUGCCGCAUGAAAUUUGGUGAAGACUUCGAUAGGGAGCGCUGACAAUUAGAGGACCAUCAUGUCCUCUGACCUGCUGGUGGACCUUCACGAUGAUCUGGGAGGAGAUGACUCUCCUAGUGCUGCCCUGGACCAGCUCAAACUGGUUCAGGACAAACAGUGGCCACCAGAUGACCCUGUUAGCCUGAGCAAAUCCGCUUCAGAUAUUAAAAGCCUUGGCAGCCCAUCACAUCUGUCCUGGGACGACCCCUUCUAUGACAUUGCCAGACAUCAGAUUGUGGAGGUUGCAGGUGAUGAUAACUUUGGUCGGAAGGUCAUUGUUUUUAAUGCUUGCCGCAUGCCUCCCCAACAUCAGCUGGAUCAUCAUAAACUUCUCAUGUAUUUGAAGCAGACUCUUGAUAAGUAUGUGGAGAGUGAUUAUACCCUCAUCUACUUCCAUCAUGGUCUGACCAGCGAGAACAAGCCCUCUGCAAGCUGGCUUCGGGAUGCCUAUCGAGAGUUUGACAGGAAGUAUAAGAAAAAUAUCAAGGCGCUGUACAUUGUCCACCCCACCAUGUUUAUCAGAACCAUCCUUAUUAUCUUCAAACCCAUCAUCAGCUUUAAAUUCGGCCGCAAGAUAAAUUACAUCAAUUAUUUGAGUGAACUGGAGGAGAUUGUGAAGUGUGAUCAGCUGGUGAUCCCCAACAGAGUCCGAGAGUAUGAUGAUAAGAUCCGUCUGUCCCUGAAGCCGUCUGUCGUCCCCGGACCGAUCUCUCCACCUCGUAGUCCUCCUCUUCCUUUCCAGCAGUUUGGGGUUCCACUGUCAGUAUUGAGACACAGGGCUGCAGACUCGGAGGGAGUUCCACGAGUCAUGCGUGACACCAUUGGAUUCCUGCAAGAGAACGGUCUCAAGACAGAGGGAAUAUUCCGGCGUUCUGCUAAUGUUUCUUUGGUUAAGGAUGUUAAGCUGAAAUAUAACACCGGAGAGGAAGUGAGUUUGUCUCAGCUGGACGAUGUCCACUUGGCGGCUGUGAUCUUAAAGAUGUUCCUCAGAGAACUGCCAGAGCCGCUGCUCACCUAUCAGCUCUACAACGACAUUGUCAACUUCCACAAUGUUGACACAGAGUCUCAGCCAGAGAGGAUUCGGAACAUGCUGAUGUCACUUCCUGAGGAGAACUAUGCAUCACUGCGCUUCCUUGUACAGUUUCUUGCACAGGUGUCUGCUGAGAGUGAAGUCAAUAAGAUGUCCAAUGCCAACCUGGCUGUGGUGUUUGGGCCCAACUUGCUGUGGGGACAGGAUGCUUCCAUGACACUCAGCGCGAUCGGACCAAUCAACAACUUCACCCGCAUCCUGCUCGACCUACAUCAGGAGGUCUUUACCCAGUGAGGAGCCGGAGAACUUUUCACGAUGACUCCUCUCUGGUUAUCGUCCCUCCUAGUUUCAUAGCUUUGCUCCUCUGUGGCUGUGUCCCGUCCUUCAUGUCUCCCUCAGUAUUGCCAAAUGCAUGAGUAUUUUAACUCUGUGAAGUUACGAAAAAAAGGAUACUGGAGGGUGCAGAGUGGUCAAGCUGUUGCAAACGUUUAGGCUGUGAUCAAAUUCUGACAAUCGUCUCCUUUUCUUUUCUUGCUGAAGUCAUGUGGGUACUGUCAGACAUAAUGGUACUGGCUCAGGCACUAGAUUUUUUUACGGCCUGUUAGCAGAGGCCUAGAUCAAUAAACCAAGUGUACAAGUAGCUGCUUUUAUUUUUAUUUUUGGUAGCUCAUCUGCAAUACUUCAUAUAUUGUUUGUUAGACUCGUUUCAGUUAAUUUUCCAAGUAAAAUUAGACUAAAUGCACACAGGCACAUUUUUGUAAGCCAUAGUUGGCACAAGUAUAAAACACUACUACUCAAACUCGAAACACUUAUUUUAAACAUGAUUAUUGCUUUUUACAUAAAAUAUAUGAUAUUAUGUAUUGUCUCAAAGAACUUUCAGUCUUCAUUUAUAUUCUCAUAUUAUUAUAUUUUUAUUAUUUCUAUAAUCUGUUUCAUCUUUUUUGGUGUCUCAGUGGUUCCAGGAACAGGGCAGAUGCUUUAUGGCCAGCACAAAUUUCCUGAUGCUGAAACAGAAAGUAAUUUUUAUGAUCAAAACCUGUAUGUGUGUGUAUACAUUUAUAUAUGCGUGUGUCUCUGUGUGUGUGUGACCCUGGAGCAAAAACAAACAAACAGUCUUAAGUCACUGGAGUAUAUUUGUAACAAUAGCCAAAAAAACAUUGUAUGGGUCAAAAUUGUUGAUUUUUCUUUUAUGUCAAAAAUCAUUAGGAUAUUAAGUAAAGAUCAUGUUCUAUGAAGAUAUUUUGUAAAUUUCCAACCGUAAAUAUAUUAAAACUUCUUUUAUUUAAAUGUUUUUAUUAGUAAUCUGCAGUGCUAAGGACUUUAAUUGCACAAUUUAAAGGUGAUUUCCUCAGUAUUUGUAUUUUUUUGCACCCUCAGAUUCCAGAUGUUCAAAUAGUUGUAUCUCGGCCAAAUAUUGUCAGAUCCUAAUAAACCAUACAUCAAUGGAUUAAUUAUUAACUCAGUUUUCCAAUGAUGAAUAAAUCUCAAUUUCGUAAAAAUUGACACUUAAGUCUGGUUUUGUGGUCCAGGGUCAUAUAUAUAUAUAUAUCUCUUCACACACGCCUAUAUACAUGCUGUAUGUCAGCCAACAGUCCACUUUUUCUCUCUGUAUGUGUGGAGUUGUGUGUGGUUCGUUCAGUAAUGCUGUUGUAUUAUUCUACCCUAGACAUAUUUUUUUUGGCCAAAGAUUAUAUGGUUAAAAUGUUUGUGUGAUCAAAUUUAUUUGUAACUUGGAAGACGUACUGCCUGUCGAGGACAGUGCCAUUAAACAUAGGUGCAUUUGGGUGCAGCAAGAGCCCAAAUCAAGAUAGAAAUAGCAAAAAACUGUUUGAUGUCAUUUUGUCCUCAGUCAAAUUGUGGUUUUAUCUUUGAGGAAACCUAUCACAGUGCGAUGAGUUAUCACUGGUGUACUGGAGUACAUAAAAGUACAGCGAUAUUUUAGUUGUGUCCCAGGGCUCUGUACGUGACAUGAAUCGUCCAGAUUGCGCACAAUAGGGUAUUAUUUCAUGGGUCUGAAAUCCAAGAGAACCAUAAAGCAGGUACUUGGGUACUUAUUAUUUAGCACUAAUGAGUUAAGUGUCAUUUGCCUUGAUAUAAAAUUGUAAUUGUUUACCGUGUCAUGUAAACGUCCAGUUCAUGUCAAUCCAUCCGAGCAUUGACAUGUGAACCAGUGGCUUAAAUAGUUUUAGACAAGCGCCCUCAAACCCAAGUGUAUGUGUGCCUUAAUGGAGUGAACUGGCGAUGAUAUUAGCUGUUAAAGUCCCUUUCUCUGGACAGAUCUGUGAACUUUGUGCCAUUUUGUUGUAUCUGUAUCCAAACACCUCCCUGUUCCCCGUACUGUAGACGUGUAUAUCUGGUUUCCAGGUGGAACUCAUUACUUCUUUUGUCAAGGUUCUUUUCUUCCAUUUUGGCUGUUAAAGUGUAUUCUGUGCUUUUGAAAUCUUUACUUUUGUAUCAUGUUGUGAUUUCAGAGUAAUAAAUCGUUAGAGAUGGUGUGA